AGAGAGAGAGAGAGAGAGAGAGAAAAGGAGAAAGCAGGGAAUCAUAGAGAAGAGAAGGAAGUCUGAAAAGGUUACUCCAGUGUAGAAGUUCGACAAACCGAGCGAAGGCAGGGCGCUGGGAUUUCUUGUUUGGAAAGCCUGCAAGGUUCUAAAGUAUUCAAAAUGGAAGCAAAGAAAGCAAAUAUAUUUUCUCCAAAUUCUCCGGGACAAAAUGUGAACCCUGAUAUUGACAAUGAACGAAAAAAUAUCUCUUUCUCCGUAGAGCACCUUACUAAUAUACUGGACGGCGGAGCAAACAACACCAAGCUCCGGAGGGAAGUUGAGGCUGUGCUCGAGGCUGAUCCAGAGUUUAGCCAAGAAAACCGGUAUUUCGAGAAUCAAAAUGAAAGAUAUGGAAGUGCAGUCAGAAAAACUGUUUACCUCUCGCAAAAGAUGGCUAAAAUGGGAUGGAUUGAAGACGGCCCGGAACAGCACUACUGCUUUAAGUUUCUCAGUGAAGAUUUGGCAUUUAACAUACACAUAGUCUUUAUGAAGAGCAUUUUGGCUUUAGGCACCGAUGAACAGAUCAACAAAUGGAUUCCUUUAGCAAAAAAGAAUUUCAUCAUAGGGACCUACGCCCAAACUGAAUUGGGACAUGGAUCUAAUCUUCGAGGCUUGGAGACCACAGCCACAUUUGAUGUGGCCACUCAGGAGUUUAUCCUAAACACGCCAACCAUCUCUGCCAUGAAAUGGUGGCCAGGAGACCUGGGCCGAACUGCAACUCAUGCUGUGGUUUUUGCUCAACUUUAUCUGAAAGGACGUUGUUAUGGCAUGCAUCCAUUCAUUGUACAAAUCCGUAGCUUCAAAGAUCAUUCUCCAGGUCAAGGAAUAACUUUAGGGGAUAUAGGUCCCAAAAUGGGCUUUGAGAAUAUUGACAAUGGCUUUCUCAUUCUGAAGAAUGUUCGUAUUCCAAGAGAAAACAUGCUGGCCAAAUUCUCUCAGGUUCUACCAGAUGGUCAGUAUAAGAAACAAGGAUCUGAGAAAAUCAACUAUUUGACUAUGAUUGUGGUUCGGGUGAACAUGCUUCGGAGUUCAAUCAUUCCCUGUCUGAUGAAGGCUUGUACUAUUGCUAUCCGAUAUUCUGUGGUGCGUCGGCAAUCUGAGUUAAAGCCAGGUGAUCCAGAGGCUAAGAUUUUGGACUAUCAGACCCAGCAGCAGAAGCUUUUUCCUCAGCUGGCCACUGCCUAUGCCUGUCACUUUAUUUGCGACUAUCUGCAGGAGACGUUCCACAGAUGCUACAACCAGACCAAAGAAGGAAAAUUUGACUUGCUUCCAGAGCUUCACGCCCUGGCAGCAGGCAUAAAAGUGAUCACUACCGACUAUUGCUCAGCUGGAGUGGAGGUGUGCCGAAGGGCUUGCGGGGGACAUGGCUACUCUCUUCUCAGUGGCCUGCCUUCCAUUUAUAUGAAAGUGAUCCCAUCGUGUACUUAUGAGGGAGAAAAUACUGUUCUCCUGCUGCAAACAGCCAGAUUUCUUAUAAAAUGCUAUGGAAUGGCACAAAUGGGCCAGCCACUUCCUUCAUCAGUUGCCUACUUUUCUUCGGUGAAUUUUGGAAAAUGUCAAGCCCGGGAGAAAAAGGAUUUCUUAAAUCCUGAUAUUUACACAGAUGCCUAUAAGCAUCGAGCCCUCAGGUUUAUAAGAAAUGCAGCGCUGAAGCUUCAGCAGUUGGUUCAGGCAGGAAAAACACAACAUGAAGCCUGGAACCAGUGCACUGUGCAACUAGCAAGAGCUGCGAUGGCUCAUAGCCAUUACAUCUUGGUACAAAAAUUUACCGAAGAGUUGGGGAAACAUGCAAAAGAAUCUGCCACCCAGAGGAUCCUCAAAAAUCUCUGUGAUCUCUUUGCACUACAUGGGAUUUUCUCUAAUGCAGGAGAUUUUAUGCAGGAUGCGUAUUUUUCUACAGAGCAAAUUGACAGGGUGACUGAAACAUAUCUGGACCUCUUGGCAGUCAUUCGGAGAGAUGCUGUGCCAUUGGUGGAUGCCUUUGACUUUUCUGAUGUAUGUUUAAACUCAGCCCUGGGAAGCUAUGAUGGCCAUGUCUAUCAGAGGCUUUAUGAGUGGGCCAAGAAGUCACCAACCAAUCACCAGGACGAUCGGGUCUUCAAGACAUACUUGAAACCACUUUUCCAGAAUGCUCUCUCCAAGCUAUGAAGAGGGGUCUGGUACGGGGAAACCCUUUUCCAAACUGCCUUCCAAGCAACACUCAAUUUUCCUUAAUAAGCACAUGACAUGUAAUUGCAGAUUGCCUUUAAGCUGGAUAACAGCAGACUCAAUUCUCCCAAAGGUGCUUUUUCCAAAAGGCAACUGGACUUUUGGGGGGAUUUUUUUCCCUUUGAAAAUGUUUUGUUUCUCAUCCAAGAGGCGUCUUUAGAACUGAAGAGAAGAAGCUUCUUGGAUGAGAAGCAAAACAUUUUCAAAGGGAAAAAACCCCCAAAAAAGUCCAGUUGCCUUUUGGAAAAAGCACAUUUGGGACAACCAUGACCUGGAUGACUGAGACUCUUUAUAAACAGCAGGCUUCUUUUGUCAUACAAAAGACAGGCAGCUGAUUCCUAAAGAGCAUAUGAUGGUGGGAUGUUCACAAGAUGGUUCACCACCUGAUAGUGAUCCUAUAUUGGUUUUCCAUUCACAGAUUUCACGUACAAUCAAAUGAACAGCCUCUAUGAAGUCCAUCCAGUUAGAACUAGGAAAAAGUCAUACAUAUUCCCCAAAAGAAUCUUAUCCAUCCUGAUGCCCUUCAAAUAUACUAGACUGCAACAAUCCACAGGGAAGUUGUAGUCCAAGUCAUUUGGAAGGGAGUAAGCUAGAAAAGGAUGCCCCAAAUCAGCGGCCCCCAAUCUUUUGGGCACCAGGGACUAGUUUCAUGGAGAGGGUGUGGUUUCACAUGCUGCCUGCAUCCAACUGAUGGGGCUUUACUUGUUUGCAUGGACCAGUUUCUGGCAUGCCGUGGAACGAUGCCAGUCCACAGAUCAGGGGUUGGGGACCCCUGCCUUAAAACAGUGAUGAUGGGGUGCUAAUAGGAAAGGGUUCAUUGAAUUGGAUUGGGAGGUGGCGCUUUUGAGUUGGUGCUGAUUUCUAGCAAUUGCCUAGAUUAGUCCUUGCAGAUUCCAAAUCAAGUAACAAAAAAAUCAUAGUGAGGUUAAAAGGGAUAUGUUGAAAUAUAGUAAACACACAUACAUACACAUACACAUAUACCUUGCAGAGGAGAAACCCUGAAACAUAGAUGAUAAUUGGAUAAAACAAGGAGUUAAAUACAGCCAGAAGUAUUAUAAAGACAUUUACAACUCUGUGUGAUGAGCUAAAUAAAUUUAAACUGGACUACG